AUGGCAGAUGCCACAAAAUGUGUCUGGCUACCGAGUCCAGAUGAGGCAGAAGUCUUGGUCCGUAAAUAUCUCGCCGACACUAGCUACACGCACCACGUCGUUCAUGGGCCCUCCCUGUGCAGGCUAGUGGCUGGAGUUUUUGAGCAUCUCCAACUAGGCUUCACAUCGAUUCCGAAAGGAAUUCUUAUUCUUUUACUUGCCAUUUUUGCUGCUGUUACCCACUCUUGGACCACUUAUGAUGAUAGGUUAAAUAUGUUCUCAGACUGCAAAGAAGCCAACACGCAGUCAGUGUUCUGGAUCAAGCUCGCAUUUGAUGUGCUGGGAGGUGUCCAGAAAAAGUCUGAUAUUUCGCUGGAAUGCAUACAGGGACUUAUAAUCCUGAACGGUACCAUCCAUAAUAUCGAGGGCAUCUCUCCGCGGGCAAGCGCGACCCUCAGCAGAGCUAUCGCGAUGUCUCGCGAACUUGGCCUACAUCGUCUUGACUACAACCAACACGAUUCUACUUCGUCAUUUGUUCCUGUCUUUACUGGUGUGAAAGCAGAAGUCGGGAGGCGAGUCUGGUGGCAUCUUGUUGCCACCGAUUGGAUGAUGGCUUGCUUUUCUGGUCCUCAAAAAGGUACAUACUCAAUCAACCCACAUCAUAUGGCUGUGAGGAAGCCUUUAAAUCUCAACGACGAGGAUAUGACGGACGAACACCUGAUACCGCAAGCAAUCGAACGGCCAACCUCCAUGUCGUAUUUCCUGCAACGAAUCCGCUUGUCCGAAGCAAUCCGAUCCUUCAAUGAUCGCGCUCCACUCAUAGGAUUCGAUCCAUAUGCCGUGGGAUAUGAUCAUGUUCUGGAGAUGGACGUAAUGAUCCAAUCUUUCUUACAAGAUGUCCCUCCUUUCUUUUUCGGGGAUUCUAGGGCACCCGACCAGUUCCUAUCCAUGGAAUUCGAGCAAUCUCGGAGCUAUAUCUUUCAGAGGCAUGUGCUCAUUCUACUCGUACACGGCCUGCGCUGCAGGCUACACCUCCCGUAUUUAGCCCGUGGAACACUUGAACCAACAUUCACGCCUUCGCUGGAGGCCGCUCUUGAGAGUGCCAGGCUUAUUAUCGAUGCAGAAAAACUGCUACGAAAUGAAGCGUAUGAUUUCACUAGGGGACGGUUCAGGUUAGGAGCAGUUGCAUAUGGGUACUUCUUAGCCUUGGCAGUUUUGGUAUUGAACUUAUCCCAUGGAGCAAACAGGGAUGAGAAUGAGCAGGCAAGUAAGCGAAAAGAAAUUGAGAGCGCAUGGAGUAUUUUGGAGGAGGCAGAAGCACAGUCAACUCUCAUUAACGGAGCUGUCGAGAUGUUGAAAUUGGUGAUGAACAGGCACAAUGUGGUGCUGUUUGUGAACAGUGGGACAGGUCCCCAGCCGUCGGAGAACGAGACUCCGGAAUUGGGGAGAAUUAUCAGAUCUGAGGAGGGCGAUCUGUCCAGCUUGAAGGUAUCAAACGCCUUUAAUUCUGAGCAACAUUUCGAAGGGCUAGAAUCAGGCAUGAAUGUUAAUGAUGGUUCUUGGGAGAAUUUGCUCGGAAUAAUAGAUGCAUCUUUUAUAUCAUAA